AAAUAUUACAUGAAACCGAUUUCAAAAUUUUGCUGCACUUUCUAAAAUAUAAACUCGAAGCAGACAGCUGAUGCACCACUUUUUUCGAUGGAAUAAUAAAGACAUUUGCACACUGGCAGGUUUUAGGAUUGGCAGGUGACUGUUUGCAAUGGUACAAAUUGUAUCGGGAUGGGUUUAUAAGGGCCCCGUCCUUAUAAACCUCUCUGACAAUUAAGGAAGUGACGGAACAAGUGACACUAACUUAACUGACCUGCACAUGUCAUAAGUGACUUAAUAAUGCCUCCUAUUUCCUGCCAGUUACUCAAAUUUUAUACAGUUGCCUGAAGCGAGGUCAUGACUGGAGGGAGGGAAAAUUCAUCCUUCGAUGCACUACAUCAGAGAAUAGAUGGAGUUUGGGGAAAGGAAGAGGAGAAGGAAGUCACAGAGCUUUAAACUGGUCACGGAUGAAGAUUCUGACUCUUCAUAUAUGAUGAACUCCAGCUGCAAAGAUUCCAACGGAGAGCCUAAGGAUGCUGCUGUACCUGACGUUUGGGUUGGGGAUGACGGCAUGGAGAUCAAGAGGCAAAUCACAGGAAUGAUGAGGCUUCUGAGUGAUAAGACUAGCAGGGUAUAUCAGCGUGUGGGAACAGAGCAGGACAGCUUAACAAAGGAGCCCGCGGAUAGGCAUCUGACCUGGGUACAUGAGCCUGCACCAUUAUCUGUUGUGUCAGAGGACCACCAGAGCAACAGCUGGAACUCUGCAGAGGAUCCAGGGCCUUCACCAUCAUCCAUAUCCACCCCCAUCCCCAAAGGCACAGGCUGUGGCCAGUACAGCACCCGCUCCAAAGCCAUAAGGAUCCUCAGCAAUGCCAAGGAUCUGAUCAAAGUGAAUGCAGCUAACGCAGAUGCAGUCCCUCCUGCUGUGCCAGAAACCCCGUGCUGUAUGUGUAACUGUAAGGGCACCUUGCAGGCUAUUUUGCAGGAAAUGCGUGCCAUGAGGAGGCUGAUGCAGACUCAAAAAGCAUCUUUGGAAAGACGGGAACAUGCUGCAUCACCAUGCCAACCUCGUCUUGGUCCAAGCCCCACUACUCACUGUAGGCCCCGCAGGAGGAGACCAAUCUAUAAAGUGGCACCACUCACUGUGGCUAGCAGUAGAAGAGCAGCUCUGGCACCUCUGGAGGAAUCUCCACUUAAAGCUGCACCAGAAGAAUCUAGAAAGAGGGAAGAAUAUGACAAGGAGCAAGACUCAUCUGCACCCAACAGUGAUUCCGUCUCCUCUGGGGUGUCCGUGCUGCCACCUCACAACAAUCCAGUAACCGUUAACAGCGCACACAAUCCUCUCCUGACCCAACUACGAGAACCUCAGUUGUUGGAGUCUGAGGUGCGUCUUGCAGAGGAUUAUGACGUGUUUAUCUCAAAGGCUCAGCUGGACUCCAUUUUGGUCAACUAUACACGCUCUGGCAGCCUGCUGUUCAGGAAACUGGUGUGUGCCUUCUUUGAUGAUGCAACCCUGGCUAACUCCUUGCCAAACGGUAAAAGGAAGAGAGGGCUCAAUGACAACCGUAAAGGCUUGGACCAGAACAUUGUGGGUGCCAUUAAAGUGUUCACAGAGAAAUACUGCACUGAACACAGAAUAGAGAAACUGCCCGGGCCUCGAGACUGGGUUCAGAUACUUCAAGAUCAAAUCAAACUUGCCAGGAGGAGGCUGAAAAGAGAUGCUGCAGAAGCAGAAGAAGUCUUAAAUGGACCUUCCACAAGCUGUGACUAUAACAAGCCUACAAAUCUGAAGGGGGCAGGGGUGAACAUGACUGGUUGAUUUGAGGACUGCCACAAUGGCCUUACUGCAGAUUUGCUGAUUGUCUUCAAUGGUUCUCUGACUUGAUGCAUUUUGCCACUUUAGCUCUGUUAUGGAUGUAUAUUACAAACAAAAACAAAAAACCUCCAAAAACAAUGGACCAAACGAACGAGAACCUUGCAUAAUCUCUAUCUCUCAGUCUCCUGAAGAAUUCAUCAGAUGUAUACUGGGAUCUGGGAUUCUGUGCCAACAGACACUAAAAUAUACAACAAGCAUAAAGGCAUACUUGCCUAGUCCUCAUAUGCCAUUAUUAGGAGGAGUCACAAGUCUAUACCGAGACAACGCACUGUAAUGGUAUAACAUCCACAUAUUUUGCACAAAUUACUUUUUAUGGUAAGUUGUCCAUCGUGUAUUGUGCCUUUUAAGUGACCAGUACUUCAAUGGUUGUAUUGUGCAGUGCAGCAUUCACCUCAAUUACAAAUUACAUCCUAAAGUAAAUAAUGGAUGUAUUUUUAGAAGUAAGUUGACAGGCCACAUCCGGCUGAAAAUAUAAAAAUAAACAAUAUUCUAAGAAUGGUUGUUUCUUUUCAUUAUUAGAGUCACUACGCCAUACAUAUCAGUGCUAUUGUUACUGUGACAGAUUUACAGCAUUUUUCUUUAAUUUCAGUUCAUUGUGCAUAUGAAAAAAUGUUGUUUUCACCAUUAACAAUUGCUUCUUGACAAUUUUGUUUAUG